CAAAUUACGGCAAUAGAAGUGGUUACAGAGGAGAGAGCUAUCCGAAUCAGUCUGAGGCCACCAAUCCUCUUCCUCUUCCUCUCCGGCCGCCGGCUCCGGCUCAUGGCGCUCGCCUUGCGCUGCCCCGCCGUCUCCUCCCCGUCACCAGCCAGGAGCCCCUUCCCGCCCUCCUCCUCCCCGAGGCUCCCGAGGAGGCCGCCCGCCAUCUGCAGGUGCUACUACCACGGCGACGGCUUCCGCAAGAACUACGACCACAUCCCCAAGCAGUUCCGCGAGGAGAACCUCAAAGAUGGCCUGAUGGAUAAUUACAAGAAUGUUCCCCAAUUCCUUUAUGGCUUAAGCCCUGCUCAGAUUGAAAUGUUUAUGAAUGAUGACAACCCAUAUGAUAGGCAAUCACAGAGAGUUACAGAGGAAAGCAUUUCUGCUUCGAGGAGCUAUGAUGAAUUUGGCAUGUACAACUUGUCAGGUAUGCAUGAGGGCCCAGCAGGUUACAGCAUGGGUAUGGGAACGGGCAGCAUGAGCAUGGGCAGGGCAGGGCGAGGAUAUAGAAGAAUGAGAAGUUCAGCUCCAGAUCUGCCAUCAUUGCUAUUGGACUCUCGAAUUAUAUUCCUUGGAAUGCCUAUUGUUCCAGCAGUAACGGAGCUUAUCGCUGCGCAAUUUCUGUGGCUAGAUUAUGAUGACCGCACCAAGCCAAUUUACUUGUAUAUAAACUCUACGGGAACAAUGGAUGAAAACAAUGAGCUGGUUGCAUCUGAAACUGAUGCAUUUGCAAUUGCUGAUUUUAUCAACCGAAGCAAAUCCAAGGUCUACACAAUCAAUCUUAGCAUGGCAUAUGGUCAGGCUGCAAUGCUUCUGUCCCUUGGUGUCAAGGGUAAAAGAGGAGUGCUGCCAAAUUCAAUCACUAAACUGUACCUGCCUAAGGUCCACAAAUCUGGUGGAGCUGCCAUUGAUAUGUGGAUUAAGGCAAAAGAGUUAGACACAAACACGGAUUACUACCUUGAACUUUUGUCUAAAGGAGUUGGAAAACCAAAGGAAGAGCUCGCGGAAUUUCUCAAGGGUCCAAGGUACUUCCGUGCACAGGAGGCCAUCGAUUAUGGGCUUGCAGAUACAAUCUUGCACUCAUUGGAUGGUUCCUUCAAACCAAAGGAUCUGACCGCACAGCUGGCCAAAGCACAGGAGAUGCGGCAAUCAGGGAAGCGCCCAGCAGCUGGAGCUGGGCGAUGGUCAACUCCGAGCGUACCCAGAUAA